GAAACACGGAGGUCUGGGACCCCCCUAGGACCUGACACACGAGGUGGGUGUAUAUAGGUGUACAAGAAUGUGUCAACACCUAUGUAGAGCUUCAGUCUGUUCUAACCGUCCUGUUUGUCUACACAGCCACGAGCGGAGAGGAAGAAACACGGAGGUCUUGGACCCCCCUAGGACCUGACACACGAGCGAUGCUGACUCCCAGAUGUAGUGCCACCAAGAAAGACUCUGACCUCAGUAAAGCCAGCAGGGAGGGGAAGCUGCGGGCUGUGGCGGGGAUCCUGGCAGCAGGUUUGGCUGACGUCAACUGUAGAGCCGGGAACGGGAAGACGCCGGUGAUAUUGGCAGCAUACGGGGGACACAGAGAAGUGGUGGAGCUCCUUAUGAGUAAAGGAGCUAAUGUGUCACUGGUGGACAGUGUUGGUAACAACCUACUCCACAACGCCUGUCUGGGAGGAGACAUGAAGACGGUGGAGUUUGUGCUGGCACUGAACGUGGUGGACAUCGACGCCAGGAACGGUUUGUGGCAGAGAGCGGUGGACCUGGCGAGAUUCUGGAGAUAUCCGCUAGUGGUUGACCUGCUGAUAUCCCGCGGUGCUUAGUGACGUCGGUGUCGUGUAUGUGUAGACGGUGGGGGAGGACGCUGACAGUGACGUGAUGUGCCGUUCAAGUGACGGUACACUGUCGAUGACGCCACAGCAAUGUCGCCAAGGCCUUGCUUCAAAGUGACCAGCUGUUUUCUCUGCCAUAUCAGGGCGGCACACACGACAUAUCCAUACGACACAUCUGCUUUAGGAUUGAAGUUGUAUUUGCUGAUGAAGACAGUGCCUCAGGUGAGCAAAUUUCAUAAUGGUAAAUUUGUUCCCGUGAGGCACUAUCUUCUUCAGCUGAUGAACGUCAACAAAUACAACUUUAAUCCUUAUAUUGACAGUUGGUGGCAGAGAGCGGUGGACCUGGCGAGAUUCUGGAGACAUCCUCUAAUGGUGGACCUGCUGAUGUCCCGCGGCACUUAGUGAGUGA